AUGAACCACUUCCCUCACGGCUGGGGCAGACCUAGAGACGAUGUCUACGGCGCGUACGACUACUCACACUUUGGUGCUCAAGACCACGCAGGUCCCAUUCAACAUACUCAGUCACCCAUCGUCACCGGUACCUCGGUCAUCGGUCUCAAAUACAAGGACGGUGUUGUCAUCGCCGCCGACAACUUAGCUUCAUACGGUUCUCUUGCCCGUUUCACCGACGUCAAGCGUCUGCGCGUCUUCAACAAGCUCUCCAUCGUCGGCUUUGGUGGCGAUGUUUCCGACAUGCAAUAUCUCGAUCGCCUUCUCGGUACCCUGAACAUCAACGAGAACUAUCAAUCAUCAGACGAUGCCACCCUGCUCUCUGCCAGCAACCUCCACACCUAUCUCAGCAAAGUCAUGUACAAGCGUCGCUCCGAUUUCAACCCUCUGUGGAACGCCAUCCUGGUCGCAGGUCUUGAUGACAAGAAGAAGCCCUUCCUGGCUAGUGUCGACCUUCUCGGUACUACCUUCAGCGCCCCGACACUUGCCACUGGUUUCGGUGCCCAUCUCGCACAACCUAUUCUCCGCCGCGCAGUGCCCGAUGAGGAGGCAGCAUCAAAGCUGACCAAGGAAGAGGCCGUCGAGACCAUCAAGGAGUGCAUGAAGGUCCUCUUCUACCGUGAUGCAAGGAGUUUGGAUCAAUACAGCAUUGCCGUCAUCGACGGUCAGUCGGGUGUCGAUCUCAAGGAGUCCGAGAAGCUGGAAAACCAGAGCUGGGCUUUCGCAGAGGGCAUCAGAGGUUACGGCACCCAGACGCAAUAG